GGUGGGUCGUCUGACAGCCCAACACAGUUGGCACAGCCUCCCUGAGAGUGGGGGUAGAGAGAGAGAGAGAGAGAGAGAGGGAGAGAGAGGGAGAGGACAGGGUGAGUUCGGAGAGAAGGAAAAGAAGAAGGAACUCUCAACUCCUUGUCUCCAAAGACUCACUUUCAGGAAAACCGUGAACGCACUGAAGAAAAGGGAAAAAAAAAAAGCAAAGCAGGCCUGGCACGGGAUCUCCAUAAAUGCAGCUGAAUUCCUGUCCUGCUUCUCCUCGUCCUUCGGUUUCUCUCUCUCUCUCUCUCUCUGGCACAGCCUGACCACCCCUCUGCUCAGCUGGCCUGAGGGCACCCAGCCUGUUUCUGGCCAGAAGGAAACACCAGAAAGAGCCACCGUCCCCCAUACCUGCUCCACAGCAGUACCUCCCUCGUCCCCCUCCUCCCCCACUCGUCCAACAUGACCUUGCUGGCCUCUGAGAGGUCGCUGCUCAUCCGCAGCAAAUUCCGCUCAGUUCUGCAGCUGAGGAUCCAGAACCGCAGGCAGCAGAAGGAGCUGAGCGCUGACUCUGGUGAGGGUGUGAAGGCCUCCUGCCCUGACAAAGUAGGGGAGAAAGAGGCUAACGCUGUAGCGCACCAGACAGAGGAUGGCGCCACUCUGAAGUCACCCCCUAGUGGUCUGGCUGCUGAAGCUGCACAAGACAGGGCCUGUGGCGCAGCUCAGAGGCAGAAGAAGGCUCGUCUGGCCGAUGAUGCAAGCGAGAAGGUUCAGAAAGGACCGGGACGGCUGGAGCUUCUCCAGAAACACAUACUGCCUUUGGAAAACACUGCUGUUUCCUUCACCUCACCUUCAGAUGUCUUCGAAGAUGAUGUCUCCUCAUGUUCUUCGGCGUCUCCUGAGCAACUCGGGAUUCACCAGUCCCCCGGCUUCUCCUCCUCACCUGGACUGAGCAGUGACCAAUCGCUGAGUGAUGUGUCACCUGUUGCCACGCCCAUCAGCUGCAGUCCAAGCAAUGUUCAGUGCAGCUUAGCGCUGUUUCCAGCUGCAGAGGGUGUCGGUCAGCCAGUGGCCGUGACGGUGGCGGGGUCAAACUCCAUAGCAAUGACUGGGAGACCAAAGGGGAUGUACAUGUCCUCUCAGACAACACCACUGCUGCCAAAGACAACUCAGCCCUCAACCCCACCCAAUCUUUCCACCCUGGGGGGGUCUUUAUCAUCACCCCGCCCCCCGCGGCCACGCAAAACACGCGACUGUAAGCCUAAAAUGAGGAAGCUGAAGUACCACCAAUACAUCCCCCCAGACCAGAGGGGCGGUUCAGGGGGCGGUUCUGGGAGUAAUUCCCAAAAGAACAGCGCCAGUCAGGCUCAGCCUAUCGACCCCGCCUACUCCCGCCUCCUACAGCAGCAGCAGGUCUUCCUGCAACUGCAGAUUCUCAACCAGCAACAACAGCUCACUGUGGCAACCAGCAGUGAGAACCAAGUAGUGAGCUUUUCUGGAGCUGUGCCGCAAAGCUGCCCUCAGCCUGUUGCCCCGGCAACAAACCCCACCCUCCGAGAAACAAGUCCCACCCACAAGCCGGAAUUACUUCCUCCAAACCUUGAUGACUUAACGGUGUCUGAACUCCGACAGCAGCUGCGCAAACGUGGACUUCCGGUCUCCGGCACCAAACCCGCCCUGCUGGAGAGACUCCGCCCCUACCAGAUGCCCCGCCCCCAGGUAACCCCCGCCCCUCUCUCCCAGAUGGAGGUGACCCUGGACCCUUCCCAGCCGCCCAGUCUGAGCAUCUCUAACGUGGAUGUUUCCACCAGCCCUCCUCACAUCUACAUCCAGUCUUCAGGACUUGUGGAGCAGGGCUUGACUGGGGUCGCUUACCUGACCUCCCCGGCUUCUUCUGCGGGCUCCAGCCCGAGCCUGCAGGCCCCCUCGCCUCCACUGCCCUCCGUCGCCCUCUGGAGGUCAGAGCAGGCAGCGGAGGAGCUGAGUGUGGAGCUGAAGAUGAGGGAGAGGAUUCGGAGCAGACCGAGAGAGAAAGCGCUGGAUACAGUCACAAAGCCAUGUGGAGGUUCCCUACAUCCCUUCCUGCAACAGGACCCGGGAUGCUCCAGAGGGAAACCAGACACAGACGGACAGGAAGUGCUCUUCACACAGGUGUUCUCCUGUCAGCCGUGUGAUUCUAUUGGCCAGGAUUUUGAGCUCCCUGUCCAAAUCACAGCAAGCCCAGUGCAAGCCUCCCCCCCCGCGGACCGCAGCCUGGAGGAGCUCCUGCAGGAGGCCAUUCAAAAAGUACAGAUGGACCCAAGUGAGUCCAUAGAUGACAUUUUGGAGGAUCCUGUUAGUUGUUCUGAUAAUGUUCCCAACAUUACGGAAAUCCAGACGUCCAGCACCGCCGCCCCGAACUCGUCUCCUAGCCCCCUGCCUGACCAGCCCACCCAGCGAAGCUCCAAAGACGACAGCGCGCUGUCGGCGUCUCCGCUGUGCUCCUCACUGCUGCUGGAGCUUCCCCCCCUCCCGGUCAGCGCCCCUAACUCUGCCCCCCCUCCUCCUCCACCCAUCUGCACCACUCCGCCCCUGAGUGCCCCCUCCAGGAAGAGGAGGUCCAACGCGCCGACCUUUGACCCCGCCGACUGGCUGGAGUCUCUGAGCUCCGGCAUGCAGCCUCUCACUCCGCCGGCCGCUCCGUUCCUGGAGAGCGACUUCGGCCUGGAUUCGGACCUGAACAUCAACAGAGUGCUCGACCUGAUGGUGGAGCAGUGGUGAGGGGCACAGGAGAGCCCAAAUACGCCCCCCGAACAUUCUCUGCCCUAAAAAGUCCUGUCUGAACUUUUCACUUCCCUCACUUUCAUCCAUCUCGCACAUGCGCUGGGCUCGUGGACUUCAGCUCAAGUGACCUAAAGUAGUCAGUCAGCCAAGAUACGUUUGGUGGACAAAGUUUUUGCUUCAGUUUUGCACUGUCCCUGUAAUGUUGCUAUCAGCAUCAUAUUGCUAUUAGCAUCAUACAGGCCCUUCUGGCUGCCCAUCUCUCUGUUGCUAAGUAACAACAGCAUCCUAACUUUGUAACAUCUAAAGGCCAGAAGUUUAACUA